GUACUCAUACCCGGGUUUCUGGCACCUUUUUAUUUUUGAGGCUCUGUUCCUCGUCUUCUAGAUCUCUUCUUCAGCCCUGAACAUCGCCGUGUACUCGCGGCUAAGAGGGAGGGGCUAAAAAUGUCUACGUCUGGUGCUAGUCUAACUACGGGUCAACCAGACCGUCAAGCUAGUCCGCAAUUCUUCGACGAUAUCUACGAGAGCGAAGUAGAUGACCACGACCGUCGACACCCUCACUCGAAAUCCCCAUCCGAUCUCUUCUCCGACGUCUAUCGAGGUCUCAAAAAGGCUAUUCCUAGCCGAGAAGAUUCUUCAAGAUUUGCGAGGAGGCCCUCGAGACUGGCCUCUCUCAGAACGCGCAACGCGAGUCCUGUGGCGUCGGAAUCUAGCGGGACACCCGUUCAAACGCGACCGCCACCUUUGCAACAUGUUAGGAAUCUGAGUCUGCAAAAUAGCCUCGAGAAACCGCUUCCAGCGCCGCCGCCAUCUUCACCGUCCCCCUCGAGUCCCGCACCUCCUGCGAUCUCGUUUAGUGCUCCGCAAGAUAACUUGACUACUAUAGCUGAGAGUAAUAUUGCCGAAGACGCAAACGUAGAUAGUGGAGCGAACGCUAUGGAUUCCAACGGUUCGAUGUUCCCAAACCAGAUGUAUAAUGGUGGCAUGGAUAUGAGCAGCAGCCAGAGCAGUAUAGCCAGUUUGAGAUCUGAUGGUGGGGAUGGCCAGAGGGAUAACCUGACACCCCGAAGUAAUGGACCUCACUCAGCUGGCCCCUCUCCGCCGGUGGCCUCUACGGGUAGAAACCCUUCUGUUAGUGCCGCUGUCGGUACUCCCGCGACUUCAGGGUCUUCCGCUCACCUGUCUGGGCUGAUGUGUAAUGUUCACCGAACUACUGGCCAAGAGCCUCACCCUCUAGUCGGGGCAACGACUACGAUACUUGGGGAUAAGCUAUAUGUUUUUGGCGGGCGGAUUCUGUCGCGAAGUCGGCCAGCUCCCCUUACCUCGGAUCUUUAUGAGUUGGAUCUUAUUCGGAGACACUGGACCAAGAUUGAGACCACUGGAGAUAUCCCUCCACCUCGUUAUUUCCAUUCCAUGUGUGCUCUGGGCGAUACUAAGAUGGUUUGUUACGGGGGUAUGUCACCUACAACCAAUCAACCUGCGUCGGCAGCCCCCGAUCAGCAACCUGAAGUAACCGUCAUGUCUGAUAUAUACAUCUACGACGUUAUAACAAAUAAGUGGACUUAUGUUCCCUCCCAGGACGCCCCGCAAGGCCGUUACGCUCACUGCGCGUGUAUUCUACCCUCUUCCGCGACAUUUUCGUCGCACAGGGCCCCUCUAUCUGCUUUGCAACAUAAUCCCUCGAACGGGAACCCGAACGAAGGUAGAAUUGGCAUUAACAUCGACGGUGCUGGAGGCGCCGAGAUGGUUGUAGUUGGCGGCCAGGAUGGAGCGAACCAUUACAUUGAACAGAUUAGUGUGUUCAAUCUCCGAAGUCUAAAGUGGACUUCGACCCAAUCGCUAGGGAAGUCCUGUGGUGCCUAUCGCAGUGUGGUCGCCCCCUUACCUCCUAACGUUACCGCCAAGAUAGGCAAGACUUCACGUCAAGAUAGUGCGAUCAGCCAUGAAGUUAAGGAACCAGGUUCAUCAAUGCUCAUCUACUCGAACUACAACUUUCUAGAUGUAAAACUAGAACUUCAAAUUCGAGGCCCGGAUGGGUCACUCGCUGAAAAACCGAUGUCGGGAACUUAUUCCCCGCCUGGGUUACGAUUUCCAAACGGCGGAGUUAUUGAUACGUACUUUGUUGUCAGCGGCACCUAUCUCACAAGUUCCAAGCAAGAAUACGCCUUGUGGGCUUUAGAUCUUAGAAAUCUUACCUGGGUACGUAUUGAUACGGGCGGUAGUGUCUUCAGCCAGGGUAGUUGGAACAGAGGUGUUCUCUGGAAUAGGCGGAAUAUUUUUGUAAUCCUGGGCAAUCGUAAGAGGAGCUUGGUCGACGAUUAUAAUCACCGUCGUAUCAAUUUCUCUAAUGUUUGUAUGGUGGAGCUGGAAGCUUUUGGCUUUUACGACAACCCCCGUAAGAUAUCGCCUCUGUCGGGAUUUAUAUCCGCCAGCAGUCCUUUUACAGCCCCUGAUCUCAGUACGGCUAGGAAAGCUGGCUGGACCGGCGGUGGGAGAUCACAUAUGCGGGCGGCUGAGGAGUUGGGUGAAAAAGCUUUAAUGCUCCGGGAGUUGGCAGACAUGGAUAUCCUUUGUUUCCAUGGCGAGCGAAUACCUAUUAAUUCCCGCAUCGUUGCGCGCAGAUGGGGUCCGUACUUUGUGCAAUUGUUGCGCGAAGGUGCUGCUACACAGGACGGUAGCGAUUCAGCAACCCUAAGAACAGGCAUGUCGGGGCAAGCGGGCGCGCGUAAUUCUGUCAUAACAAUUACUCAGUCAACUAGGAGCACCGGCGGCGACAGCAAUCUAUCGAUGGCUACUACGCUAAACAAUUCCUCUGCUGGAUCUUUCAGACCAAAUGCGACUGGUGGCGGUGGUGGCUCAACAGAUCUUGGGCACGUUAAUUCAGCGCCAACUCCCGCGUCAUUACCGCCUGGUUCUCGACCGAGAUGCCUUUACCUUCCACAUACUUGCCCAACUGUCCAAGCUCUCCUGCACUUCCUUUAUACGUCGGCACUACCUCCCCCAUCAUCACCCCUUUGCACGCCUCAAAUUCUCUGCUCGUUACUGCAGAUUGCCCGGCCUUACAAGGUAGACGGGCUAUUGGAGGCUGUAGUCGAACGUCUUCAUGCCCGUCUUGAUUCACGUAAUGCCGCCGCCGUGUUCAAUGCUACUGCUAUGGCAGCUGGCGGAGGCCGCGGAAUCGAUGGUAGCAUGAAUCCCAACUUCUAUAUGGGUCUCGAGUCGUCUCUAGGGGGCGGUGCCGUUAGCCCUUACCAUGGCCGGUCAAUGUCUGUAUCACAGUCGAGCACCGACGAAGCAGCGGGGGGGCUCGAAGGUCUCCGGAUCAAUACCAGUGUAUCUGGGUCCAGGCCGGAUCCCGAUGAACUGAGCGCAACAACAAGCGUGUCGGGUAGCGAGUGGAGUGAGCUUGGCGACAGUGAGCAUGGUGCUGUUAGAGAAGUCUGGAGCGGGGAAUUAAGCAGCGUGAUUGGGUUGCAGAAACGGGGGUUGAGAGGGUUGAUGGAGGGACGACGAAUGAGAGCAACUGUCGACCGCGAACGAGACGGAGGGCGAACGGAGAGACUCGGCUCGAGGGUGGGCUUAGGGAUUGCAGGAUCUUAGGAGGGAUCAGCUGGACCACACUGGAUCAUAGAAGGAAUAUCACUCAUAAGCAUAGUUCGGGCAUGAGACACGGUAUCAUUGGUUGGAUAGGAGUUAGGUUUGGCAGGGCGCAUUGUGUGUAUAUGUGUGUGUGUGUG